AUGUCCUACAACAUCCUUGCUCUUAAAUAUGUCCUGCCAGUUCUCGCGGCAAUCGUCAUUCUUGCUCAUCGCGUUAUCUCCCAUCUUGUCAAAACCCGCUCUGCUGUCUCUCAUGUAUCUGCCACUCCAUCCAAUGAGCCCUUCUAUCCAGAUGUCGGACCCAUCGACCGGGGCUUUUCUUGGGAAAAUGAACCCCCACGCCCAUACCGCCCAUACAAACCAGGGCCUUGGACUAUGACCAUGGGCAUCCAAUCGCUCCCACACGACGACUGGCUGCUACUUGAUAAUACAUAUCUCCACCAAACAGCAGAAAAAAAGCGAGUCACUGAAACUCUCCCCCAGCAUACCGUUUUUGCCCAACAAGAAGGCAACGCUGCUCUUCUUGAAACAUAUACAUUUAUGGUCGAGUAUCUCAUCCAGCGGUUCCCUCAAUACUUUGUCACCAAGCUUUCGGAAAAACAACUCCUGGGAGCUCCUCAAGUGUCAUACCCGCUGGUCUACAAUACAAUUCGUGAUGACUACUUCCCCAGAGACCCGACCCAGUUCAUUGCAGCCCAAGCUGCAGUCACUCAGGACACGUACAAGCAGCUGGUGCGGCUGCUGACACGCAACGUUCAAGAAGACUUUAUAGUGGUGCAGCAUGACCCGCAGUGUGACCGGUAUGUGAUGCGCGGCGGGUCUUUUGCCUUCCCCACAGGGUUCGACCCGGCUCAAAAAAUCGGCCAGCCCUUGGCCGCUAUCCAUACUCCCAUCCCCUACUAUAUGAAAAAGCUUGCAACCCCUAUGGAUAAGUUUUUUGCCCGUGCAAAACCUGGCGCCUGGGUUCAACGUACCAACUGGGGCGUCCAACCACACGCCCAGCUCUGUGUCCCCACGGCACAUCCUCUCCCCCCACACCCGGAUGGUCUGCAGGACGUGCCACCGGAGGACCGAUGGGAUGUAGAGUUUGAUACCCCGUUGGACCCCUCGACGCUCGACUUCCACGAUGGUGUAUUUCUGCGCUGCGAGCGCCAAGGUCUGUUGAGACUGCCAAAAUCCGGCGCCAUGCUCUUUACAAUCCGCACCUACCUUACACCCAUCGCCUUUAUCCGCGACUCAGAGGGUGACCAGUGUGCUGCAAACCUGGUCGCUGCCAUUGAAAACAUGCCGCCGGCCAUGGCUAUGCAUAAGGGUUCUGAUAAAUGGGGACCCGGUGUUAUUGCAUUCCUUAAGCGUGAAACCGAGGGGUGUCGCCGCACCAGUGCACUUUGA